CUCCUCCUUGCAACCUCACAUUGGAAGAAGAAGGAGAGCUAGAGAGAGAGAGAGAAAAAAUGUCGGUAGUGACAGAGGAGAUAAGAGCUAAGGCAGAGGUGUGGUGUGGAGACGAGAUGGGACAACAGAAGACCAAAUUCUUCCUCAAAGAAGCAGGAUUACCGAACGGAUUGCUGCCUCUGAAGAACAUACUUGAGUGUGGGUAUGUGGAAGAGACGGGAUUCGUGUGGGUGAAGCAGAAAGAGAAGAUUGAGCACAAGUUCGAGAAAAUUGGGGAUUUGACCUCGUAUGCUACCGAGGUCACAGCCUAUGUGGAGCCGAAGAAGAUCAGGAAACUGACCGGAGUGAAGGUAAGGGAGUUGCUGUUGUGGAUCACACUCACUGAUAUCUACGUGAACGAUCCUCCUUCCGACGACAAGAUUAGCUUCAAGAGCAGCGUCGGUAUCUCCAAGACUUUUCCGGUGGCUGCGUUUCAGGUCGCGGAGAACGAUGGUCAGGGAGGAGUGGGAGUCGCCACCGCCAAGGAAGGAGCGGUAGUUGAGAUCUAGCUAUACCUAGCUAGCCUCUAUUGGUACUUCUACUCUACUGUACCAUCCAUAUAAAUGCCUUCGCUAGUCUACCGAUCCCCUCCGGCCACCUCCUAUGAUCCAUCCAUGGCUCUACUCUGUAGCAUGGUCUUUGUUUCUACCUUUUAAGUAUUAUUAUUCAAAUUCAAAGAGGUCAAGGAGUUCAUACCA